CUCUGUUAUGGCGCAACCCACCUUCCUUGCAAGACCCCAGGACCUCGGCUGCUGCCGCUGGGGACCCCAGAGCCCUGGCUGCAGGCAGGGGAGGUUUCCUAUCGAGGGAGGAACAUUCCCACUGCUCCUCGAGAAACUGUUCCAGUGCAGAGAUCCUCGCCUGUCCCGUCACCACCACCCGCUCCCUACUGGGACCCAGAGCCCUGUUCCCAGGCAGUGCCCCACGUGGAGAGAAGAUGCUGGUGACUUUCGAGGAUGUGGCUGUGUAUUUCACUGAGGGGCAGGGGACCCUGCUGGACCCCAGUCAGAGAGCCCUGUAUAGGGAAGUCAUGGAGGAGAAUUACGAGAAUGUGACCUCAUUGGGAUUUCCCAUUCCCAAACCUGACCUCAUCACCCGGCUGGAACGAUGGGAAGAGCCGUGGGUACCCGAUCUCCAGACCUGCCAGGAAAGGGAGAUUCUGAGAGAUACCCACAUAGCAGGUGAUGAGCAAGAGAGUGAGAAAGAGGAGGAGAAUCAACAUCAGGAAUUUCCUGGGAAAGUGGAACCACAGGGGACCUUUGGGAGAAGAGCUGAAGGGAAUUUCUCACAGUGCUUGGAACAAGGAAAAGCCUCUGGAAAUCAGCACUGGUCAGAGAGGCUAUUCAGAAACCAGCCUACCAAGAAAGUGCCUGAAUCUAUUAAAUAUGUGGGAGAAUGCAAGGAUCCUGAGGAAACCACAGCCCAGCAGACAAAUCACAAGAAAGAGAAACCCAAUCAGUGCCUCAAAUGUGGGAAACAAUAUAUUCUGAGAUCACACCUUCUUACACAUCAGACAAUCCAUAUGGGAGGGAAACCCCAUAAAUGCUUUGAGUGUGGGAAGAGCUUUAGCCACAGCUCAUACCUCACUGCACAUUGGAGGACCCACACUGGAGAGAGACCCUAUAUAUGCUUGGACUGUGGGAAAAGCUUCAGUAACAGCUCAAACCUUACUAAACAUCGGAGAAUCCACACGGGAGAAAGACCAUAUAAAUGCCCAGACUGUGGGAAAUGUUUCAUUCAGAAGUCAAGUCUUGUUACACAUCAGACAACUCACACUGGAGAAAGACCCCAUAGGUGCUUAGACUGUGGGAAAAGCUUUAGCCACAGCUCAUACCUCAUUAGACAUUGGGGGACCCACCUGGGAGAGAGACCCUAUAAAUGUCUCGAGUGUGGGAAAAGUUUCAUUCGGAGCUCGCACCUUAGUAGACAUCAGAGAAUUCAUACUGGAGAUAAACUUCAUCAAUGCCUCCACUGUAGGAAAAGUUUCAUUGAGAGACCAAACCUUAUUAGACAUCAGGUAAUCCACACAGGAGAGAGCCCCCAUAGAUGCUUGGAGUGUGGGAAAAGUUUCACACAGAGAUCAGCUCUUGUUACACAUCAAGCAAUCCACACAGGAGAGAGACCUCAUAAGUGCUUGGACUGUGGGAAAAGUUUCAUUCAGAGAACAAACCUUAUUUCACAUCAGACAAUACACACAGGAGAGAAACCACAUAAAUGCUUGGAUUGUGGGAAAAGUUUUGCUUACAAUUCAGGCCUUAUUGUGCAUCAGAGAAUCCACACAGCAGAGAAGCCCUAUAAAUGUUUGGACUGUGGAAAAAGUUUCAGUCACAAAUCAAAUCUUACUAAACAUCAGAGAAUCCACACGGGAGAAAGGCCAUAUAAAUGCCCGGACUGUGGGAAAUGUUUCAUUCAGAAAUCAAGCCUUGUUAUACAUCAGACAACCCACACUGGAGAGAGACCCCAUAAGUGCUUGGUGUGUGGGAAAUCCUGGGCCCACAAAGCUCACACUGUGGUUCCCAUAGAGGAGGAUGCCCAGGAGUACAAGGUGAAACUCCAGGGAGCCUUGGGUCCUCUGAGGAAGCAGUUAGAGGAGUGCCUAGCAUUGGCGUCCAAAGAGGAGAAGAAAACCACAGAGUGGCAGGACGACAUGGAGAAUUGGAGACGGUCAAUCACAAGUGAAUUUAAGAAACUGCAUCAGUUUCUGAAUGAGGAGGAGCAGCUGCUUCUGCGGAGACUGGCGGAGGAGGAGAGGGAGAUUCUGCAGAGGCUGCAGGACAAUAUAACAAAACUCUCAGAGCAGAGUGCCGCUCUGAUCAAUCUCAUCAUGGAGCUGGAGGAGAAGUGUCAGCAACCAGCCAUUGAGCUGCUGAAGGAUAUGAAAAGCACAUUGAUCAGGAAUGAGAACGUGACACUCCAGCAACCAGGAGCUGUUUCUCCUGCCCUGAAGAAUGUGUAUAAAGUCCACCUUGACAUGAGGGAAAUGCUGAAGAGAUUCACUGUGGACGUGACUCUGGAUCCAGACACCGCUCAUCCCAACCUUCUCCUGUCUGAGGAUCGGAAACAUGUGAGAUACGGAGACACAAGACAGGAUCUACCAGACAAUCCCGAGAGAUUUGAUUGUUGUCACUGUGUUCUGGGUGCUGAGGGGUUCACAGGCGGGAGAUGUUAUUGGGAGGUGGAGGUGGGAGACAUGACUGACUGGAUGCUGGGGGUUUGUAGAGAAUCUGUGAGCAGGAAGGGGUGGGUCAUACUCACAACUGAGAAUGGAUACUGGGCCAUGUGGCUGUGGGAUGGGGAAUACAAGGUCCUCACCUCCUCCCGAACUUCCCUCCCCAUGAGCAUCAGGCCCAGCCGCGUGGGGAUUUUCCUCGACUAUGAGGCGGGUGAGGUCUCAUUUUACAAUGUGACUGACAGGUCCCAUCUCUUCACUUUCGCUGGCACCUUCUCCGGGACACUCCACCCUUAUUUCUGUCCUGGUCUCAAUGCUAGGGGUAAAAAUGCGGCUCCCCUGAUAAUCUGCCCGUUUAUGCCCAGAGAUAAUCCCAGCUAG